UGCAGAUGACGCAGAUGCAGUUCCUAGAUAACGCAUACACACGCACACACACAGAGACCUGUCCAAUAGCAGCUCAAUACAACAGAGCCUGUAACACUCGCCACAUGUUUUGGAAACUUUGUUGCGUCACUUCAUGCAAAUACUGCUCCACUAGGGAUAACACAGGGAGGCUAGAGUUUAUCUAAUCCUACUUCAGUCAAUUCAAUUCAGGUGUCAUUUUAGCAGAGUAAAUGAACCGUACGACCCAUAUAUGGUUCCGUUGGUGUAUCAACAACAUGCUGUUGGCUGCACGAGGAGAGACUCACGAAGUGGACUAGUCACAUUGAACUGGAGUUAUCCGGACAACCAUAUCAGUGGAAUAUAAGCUGGAAAGUAUGGACAAAACACCAGCCCCAGCUCUAAAUGAAACCAGGGAUGUGGAAGAUAAUAAGAUUUUAGUAGGACAAUUGGAGAAUAUAGAACAUGAUGAUGGAUUUGUUGCACUCUUAAAUGACAUUGAACAUCUGUCUGUUAGUGACAGGAUCCCAAGUGUGUGUAGUGGGGUGAAACCUAAACCCAAAUGGAGCUCUUCCCGGGAAUUCCGCUCCAACAGUCAACAACUACCAGUCAAUAAUGGGCCAGCAGAGACAUACAGGCAAGUGGAAGACAAAGAACCAGGCUCUGACCUGCAUACGACUCGCAGUCUUUCCGUGGACACUGACAAAUGUAGCUACAAUGGAGAGAGGGAGGAAACAAGGGAAGAAGAACAGGCGGAGGAGGCAGAGGGGUCAGGGAGAGAGAAAGCUCCAACGAUGAUCAGGAGCAGAAAGGAGAGAUGGAGAAUAAAGGACAGAAAGAGGCAGAGGUUGGAAGGGAACUUGGCGGCAGAAACGACUGAGGGACUGCCGAAGAUGGAGAGGAUCGAGAGAAGGAGCAUGACGGGAAGGAUAGAAGAGGAAGAGGAGAAGCCCGAUGGACAGACUCUGAAUGAGGGGAGCGGGGAGAGGAAGAGGUCAGGGCAGGCGAUGGAUGGAGAGAUUGAUAGAGAGGACACGGAGGACAGGGAGAUGGGAGGACAGCAUGCAGGCGAUGGAGUGAAUUGUGAGAAGGAGAGUGCCAGCAGCCCUGAGGGGAUUUGUGAAGGCCUCUGGUCCCCUUCUCCCCAUCCCAUCCUUUCCAGGAUGCUCCUACACUCAUCUGUCUCAUCCACCUCUUCCUCCAACUUCUCCUCAGCAGAUAGUGAUGAGGUCUUCAGCGAAGGAGAGGCCACAGCCAGUAGGAGGAACACCAUGAAGAGGUGUCGUUCCUGGAGGACAUUCCUGACCAUUAUGCAGUGGUCACUGCGACGACAGAGCUCCUGGGUCCAGCUGGCCGGACAUCAAGGUAACUUCCAACUGAGUGAUGGGGGUGAGGUGCUGAAGCGUUUCAGUGAGGUGGAGGCUGUAUGCUUGCAGGCCCUUAUGGACGACCCCCUGCGUCCAUUUGUACCGCAGUACUACGGAUCAGUUACCAGGGGGGGCCACAGUUACAUCCGCUUGAAGGAUCUACUGAGUGGCCUGAAAAACCCUGUCAUCAUGGACUGCAAGAUGGGCGUGAGGACAUACCAGGAGGAGGAGUUAACCAAAGCACAAACCAAACCCAUCCUGAGGACUGAUAUGUACCUGAAGAUGGUGGAAGUAGAUCCAACAGCUCCCACCGUGGAGGAAAACGAGCAGCAAGGAGUAACAAAGUGGCGCUACAUGCAGUGGAGGGAUAGCAACAGUUCCAGCUCCACGUUUGGGUUCAGGAUCGAGGGGAUCAUGAUGGAUAAUGGCAGUGUACAGCGGGACUUCAAGAAGACACUGACCAACGUUCAAGUCACAGAGGCACUGCUCUGCUUCACCAAGAGCCAGUUACCCAUCCUAGAAGCCUAUCACUACAGACUUCAGGCCCUGGGUGAAGCUCUGAAGGAAUCCCCAUUUUUCAAAACCCACGAGGUCAUCGGAAGCUCGCUCCUCUUCAUUCAUGACCGGACGUGUAAGGCCAACAUCUGGAUGAUAGACUUUGGGAAGACCACCCCAGUGCCCAGGGGUAUGGAGUUGAGGCAUAAUGUACCGUGGGCCUUGGGGAACCGGGAGGACGGGUACCUGACUGGGCUGGCCACCCUCACCUCGUUUGUGGGUCAGGCCAUUGAUCAGGUAGCCUGCAGGCAGGAGAAGAACAAUGAAAUGGAAACAACAAACACAAACAUCCUGCAGGAACAAAAAGAGAUUGAAAGCCAGGCUGGUCAGGAUGAACAGGCCAAAGCUAUUGGUGAUGUCACAAGAGAGACAACAUCAGAACAAUGCUCACUGGAAUGUGUUCAUUGAUUUAUACUGAUGAUAUUUAUGUAUGACUUGCAACAUUGCAUUAGACAGUAUUAAUGGAUACAUUUCUCCCGAUUGUUUAGACAGAACACACAAUGGGUUUUGUAGAAUAGGUGUGUAUGGAAACAAUUUUUUCUCUAUUUUCUUUUUUUUUUAAUUACAUAUGCACAACGUA